CACAUUCGCGCUCAGUUCAAAUAUCGAACGCGCGAAGGAAACACGCGCGUAUUGUUUUUUUUUAUUCCGUUGUCGUAUUGGAACAAAAAGUUUUGUUGGUGAUGUUCGUUUUUUGUCUGUGCUCUAUACAGUGUGAAAAUGUCCGCCCUUUUGAAAAAUGUUACAAACUGCAUCUGGUAUGCGUUUGAUUCGUUGCAAAAUAAUGCUGUUGUGCACAAAUCGAAACUGAAGGUUCUCACAGCAAACAUUGGCACUCUCCUCGACCUAUACGGCGUAGAGAAAGGCCUGGACCACUUCAGGUCAUCCCAGGAGCUGACCUUCGACGAGUUCCGAUACUACCUGCAGCAUGAGGUCUUCAGUUCCCUGCCCAAAGCCGUCACCUUGCACAUCGUCAGGGAAUAUGAGAAGAAAAUUAGUGAGGUGUGCUGGCUGGUCUGCCGUAAGAACCUCCUCGGCCGGGACAAGCCUGUCUUCGGCGAUGACUCCGUGUUCAAACUCUUCAGGAUCUUCUGCCUCUUGGCUGACCUGGUCCAGGACGCAGAUGACUCCAAGAACCAUGUGAUAGUCCUGCAGCCGUCCGAAGCCGGCAUCGUAGCGGAACAGCUAGUCCACUGCCUCGGGCUUCGUUGGGACGCCGCCGACUGGGAGGCUCUAGGCUCCUCCAUCGGCCACUUCAAGUGGGCUGCCUUCUUGGCCGUCUUAGAAGCCAAGUACUGCUGCGACCAGCAGAUCCACUCUAAAGCUUUGGUGGAGGCGGUCGAUGAGAUAUACGACGUGUUCAUUGAAGAUAUUAUUAAGAAGGGCUACCUCUUCAAACGAGGGUACUUGCUUCCAACGAUGCGCGAAUACUGGUGCGUGCUCCAGCCGUGUGCCCUCACUUACUACAAGAGCUCGUCUCAGAAAGAGCAGUGCGGAAGGAUCUCAAUCGACGAGUACUGUUCUGUAGAAGCAGCAGCGGGAGAAGGCAAGCUGCAGAGAUUCCAGCUCAUCACCCCUGAUAGAACGUUCGAGUUUGGGACUCAGGAUCAUAAGAGUCGCCUCCAAUGGAUAUCGGCGCUCCGCCAAGCGGCCGCGGUAUCUGGCGGUGCCGAGGGCUACCAACGAAGAGCGAGGGCGGGGCGGCGCGGGGCGGGGGCGCGGAGGGAGCGGGAGGUGCGCGAGACCAAGGCCCGGCUGCAGAAUGAGGUCCGAGCGAGAUUGGCCGCUGAAGCGCAAGCCCAGGAAUUAGUAGAAAUGGCACAACAAGAUAACAAGAAAUUAGAAGAAUUAAAACACACUCAAGCCGAACUGGAGAAAUUACUACAAGAAGAAACGCAAGCGAAGAGAGACGAAGAAAUCGUUAGAGCUCUUCAGGCUAGAGUUCUAGCAGAAGAAUGGGAGCGACGAGAGGAAUUAGAACGAUUACAAGAGGAACAAAAUAGAAUGUUAGAAGAAGAACGAUUGAAACGGAAACAGUUUGAAAUAUUACAAGCUGAAAAAGAAGCGCAAUACAGAGAAGCGGAGAAGAGACUGAAAGAACUGGAGUUAGAGAAGCAAAGAUUAGAUGAUGAACUAAAAGCCGCACAAGAGAAAAUAUCUAAAACUGAAAUAUCUAAAGCGUUGCAUGUGCAUUUGAGGGUACGUGGAAAGGACAUGAACCCAUCAAUCAGGAACGGCGAGCGAGCGCGCCGGGCCAUUUCCUUCGUGCCUACCACCAAGAGCUCCUCUGAUACUCUCAUAGAUGUCCGCGCCAUCAGGCAUUUGAAGGUCGUUGACGAUGAAGAGAAGAUUUGAGAGAGGAUAUACUUAAUUUUUUAGGAACUGCUUUUGUUUGAUGAAAAUAUAUCGCAUGGAGUAAGGAGUGUUGGUGGUAAUAAUAUCAUGGCUUGCUUCACUCUUACUGAUUAAGUCCCGGAUAUCCUAUUAAGGACUUUAGAUCUUCUGGUAAAUUAUAUUGAAACUUUUGGUUUAACCGGUACAAGUACCUAUCUGGCAGAGUCACAAGACCCAGUACUUAAUCGGCAACUCUUUGAUAGCGUUAUAUUAAGUCAGAUAGCUAUCAGGAACUUUCCCCUUAGUACCAAUCUUUGUACGAUUGAUAAAAAUAUCGAUUAAACACAG